CCACCGCCAGUCGUGUACCACACAUAGUUACGUGGAAUCGUGGAUGCUCUAUAGUCGUUUAAACUUUUAGUCAUAUGCCGGCAUUCUACGGAAGAGGUUAGAUAUUGAGAACAUGAAGCUUUCUCGUUUAAUUCGUGAAACAACCAGCGUUAUGCUUGUGGCGUGGUGUUCCGUGCUGUUGUUAAGUCUAUCGUUUUUCAUUUAUGUUCGAGCAGAAAGGAGCGAACUUAAAGUUGACAAGGUUUAUCUGCCCGAGGUAUGUGAUGUGCGGUCGAAGAAAGGCGACCAGCUGACUAUGCACUACACUGGAACGCUCCAUGACGGUACCAAGUUCGAUUCAAGUUUGGAUAGAGAUCAACCAUUUACAUUUCAACUAGGUGUUGGUCAAGUUAUCAAAGGCUGGGAUCAAGGACUUUUGGAUAUGUGUGUUGGGGAAAAGCGGACGUUGGUGAUACCGCCAGAAUUAGGAUAUGGCGAUCGAGGAGCUAGCAACGUUAUACCCGGAGGUGCGACGUUGCACUUCGACGUGGAACUGAUUAACAUCAGCGACUCAGCACCAUCAGCAAACGUUUUCAAAGAAAUAGAUGGUGACGGAGACAACCAACUUUCCCGCGAGGAGGUGAGACAAACGGUGAGCGAGUACCUCCGAAAACAAAUGUUGGAAGCUGAGCAAACAGGUACGGGUGAAAGUGACGAAGUUAAGAAAAUGAUGGCAGAUCAUGAUAAACUCGUCGAGGAGAUCUUCCAACAUGAGGACAAAGAUAAAAACGGGUUUAUCUCACACGAAGAAUUCAGCGGUCCAAAGCACGACGAGCUGUGAAUAUUUUUGUCCCAAUUGAAACCAUCUUUCUUUGCUUUUGCCUGUGCUUUAAGCUCUUAAGGUUUUGAUAUGCUAAUUAUAAGUUUGUCGAGAAUCACGAAGACGUUUUUCUUUGUACAAUAAAAGGGAGCAGAGAGAAAAAAGCCCUAAACUCUAAAGUUAUCAUCAUCAACACCAUAUCCCCAGAGUGGUUAUUAACGAACAAUUAUUAUGGGAUUUUACAGAAUUUAUCAUAGGGGUUUGUGAGAAGGAAAAUAAACCGACGAUUUACAGAUUUUAUGUGUAUAUGGAAAAAUCAAAACAUGUAUUUUGGGCGAAAUUUUCAGCUUGCCGCUGCUGAAAAUAUAUACACGUCUCUUCAGAUAACAUGUGUAAAUCUCCGCGGAAUUUCCAAAAUGGACUAUUGUAAAUCUAGUGCAUAUUACAAUUGGUCUAAACUAUGUGAAUUCCAAAUUUUUAAAUAAAUAUGGGUUUAUAAAAUGCAUCUGCAAGAAUCUAUAUCUCCGAGCGGAUUUCACGCAUUAUUAUGAAGUGAUAAUUGAUAAUAAUUACGAAAAAAAGAAUGAUGACAGUCUCGCGAUUCUAGCCGUUUCAUUUACAUAUGGAUUACGGGCAUUACUAACCACCCUCACAUUUCAUGUUUGUGGAAAUAAGUAGAAUGAGUUGAAGACACUAAAUAUCUUUAUUUGGCCUGCCAAGCAGAUUACUUCUACCUAUACCCUACGUGUUUCUUUGUUUUUUGUUAAACUGGUAAAGCUGGAAUCACAUCAAAGCACAAAACAAUUCAUGGAUAUUAAUCUAAAUUUGUCAGGAAAUCCACAGAUUGCCACUUCCAUUCUUUACUCUUAUUUUUAAUUCUGCUUGUUUCGGGGUUUGAAUCUCUCAAUUUUAGGUAAUAUUAAGUUAGGGUAUACGUUAUACAAUCAGCAGUCAAGUAAAAUGCCUCGACGCUGCGAAACCUAAUUGUUCGUAAUUAAAUAAGUAACAUAGAGACUAAAGUCGUCUGAACAGGAGUAUAUCCUAGCGAAAUGAGUUUUCACCAUAACGUUAUUCAUUGCGUCAAGUUAACAAAUAUUUGUAUUUCGUUGUAUGCAAGAUCCCGACUUACGUUUCUUUUUUCAACCUUUUUCCAGUGCAGAAUUUCACGUGAAAGUUUCCGUUGAAUUUCCACCUGAAGUUCGCACGAAUUACGUUCACCUUGAUAUAAAAUGUAUAAAUUAUAUGUGAGCAUAAUUAGUUAUAUUAUACAUAAUAUUACAUAUUGAGCCUAGCGUUAAGAUAGGGAAGUAAGUGAAUUUUGAACAGCAAAUUGACCCAAAAUCCAUGUGGAACUUCGUGUAGGAGAAAGCUAUUAAAACAUACACACCGAUAUAGCUUCCAGUUUUAUUUUUUUCGAAAAUUUUGUUUCAAAAUUGUCACCGGAACAAAGCAGAGAAAUGUUCUUUAUUGCCGCCUCUUUCAUUUCCCAAACUUCAGAGCGGUAUCUGAUUUCGUUUAGACGUAAGUUGGGAAAGAAAACUUGAGGACAAGCUUUGGUCCCGCGACCCUCUCGUUACAUGGCCUUAAGUAAGCUUUCUCAGACGACCUAAAUAGCUUUAUUACUUUGACGUAAAAUCCCGGAGAUUCUGAUAUGGUGCAUGUGGCAAGUAAGUAACAGGGGAACUUACACCCUUCAGAAUUUUGUUUUCAAUUAUAUAUUAUAUUAUAUAUUCAGAUAUAAUCAUGUUUCGAAAUAAGAGUUACGAGUGAUGUUUUUAUCAAAAAGCUUCAUCACGAAUCAAAAUGUCUCAAGGAUAUCGCGUCAAACUCUGCUCUAACGAGGAGAGGAAAGACCAGCAUUGCGGUCUAUGUAACCGGUGUAGAAUUUUUAUAUUCAUUUUUCUCAAGAAGUGCUAAAAGCGCAUCUGAUUACUUGAUCAUAUUACUAGUCUGGGAAUAACCUAUUACCGCCAGGAGUAUGAAUCCAAAUAAAAUUCGGAAGGGUGCAGGUUUCCUUGUGAGUAUAUCAUACGCAUAAGUGUAGUUUUGUGUUCACUCAAAGUUAUCGGAUAGGGGAGACUAGAGCGAGAUCAGCAUAUUUGUCAUUUUCAGUGGGACCUUUGAAAUCUAUAGCAACUUUUGAAAAUGUGAGUGCUUAUUUAUAUUCCAUGAACCAUCAUGUAUCGAUUUCAUAAAAGACUAAAUGUUCCAAAGAUAAUAAUUGAGAUCAAAAUACGUUAUACAUAUAAAAUUUUCAUUUAGCUUUUAUUAACUUUAUUAACUGAUUUUUAUAAAAUUCACGCUUUAAAAACAAGAAUUUUGAAUAGAGGUUUUUUCUGCAAAAUUUAAAGAAAUAAUAUUAAACAUUAAUUUUAGAAGCCUGCUGCAACUUUUCAAUACCAAUAUAAAUAAAAAUUUCGUCUUCCAUAUGCUAAAAAAUAGUUUAAAAAAUUUAAUUUAUGAAGAAAACCAAUUUCAGGUGCUCCGACACUAAUUUCUGUAUACAGCAGAUGUUACAGUAGCAGUUUGAGACUUUUCUAACCGCGUAUGUCAGUUUUUCUUUUGUGAGUUUUCACUAUUAAAACUUCCCUUUAAAUCUUGAUCUAUUUUCGGAAAUUUCACUCAAACCUAAUCAAAUCUUGUGAGCAAACAUUUUUCUGCCAGCUCUAUAAAAAGUUAAGGACAAGCAAGACAAGAGCGUGUUAUCUCGUCCCUUGAAACGGGCUCAUUUCGCCCCAAAUCACAAUUAUGAUUAAAACUUUAAUAUUAACUGUUGUUAUUAAUUGUGUUUUAAUGAAUUAGUAAAUUCCAGAUCGAUAAAAUAUUAACGACAAAUCUUAGUUUAAAAAUAUUAUCUGUGAUUUUCAAUGAUUUCCUUUUUUUUCUAUGAUAUAUAAUAACAGGAUCCAGAGGUCGAAAUUUUAAUCAUUUUUAUUUGUACUUUAUCUACUUUAUUUAAUUUUUUCUUCUGUUUGCCAGAAAUUAAAUAUAAUUAUUUCUGUUAUUUCUGAAAAUGAGAGCAACAAAAAUCUAAUAUUUUGGAAGAAAAUUCAGUGACACGUUUCACUCCGUAUACUCAUCUCGCCCUACUCCUCCCUAUGCGUAAUGCUCAUAUCCUUUUCUCCCAUGAGAAGUGUGCGAGUAGGAGACUUCCGCGAAUAGAACAUUCCAAAAAACGACUUAACAUCUUAAUCGCCACAAUAUCCAAAGGUGUAAAGUGAUAAACUAUUCAUAGUGUAAGAUUGCGAAAUAAAAAAAGACAGUGCGAGUGUAUUUUCGUGAAUGUAAAAAAAAAA